CUCACUGUUCGUAGAAGACGCCAGACUCACUGUUCGCAGAUGAUGAUGUUUUCACAGAAGAAGGACGUGGCCUCUGUCGGUGUUUCGGUUCCUCGAGAUGUUUGUUGAAUAAUAAUGUGUUGCGCCUCAAGCGAUAAUCUUCGCCUUCGUGGUAGGUGGGUCACAACUACUCACGACACAGGUCAUCUCUGGAUCGCACAGACCAUCAUACUGUGAAAGAUGGCCGCGCAGUCUCGCGGAGGGCGAUUGACCCAGGGAGCGGGUACGCAUCUAGCCAGUUGGCUUCAGGAAGUCGGCAACAUACCUGAAGAAGAGGCGCUCGCUUGGUUGGGAUUGGGAGAGGAAGAAGAACAAGGUGAGCACGAGCGCGAAAACAACAAAAUAGAAGAUGCGAGGAAAUUCGUCGCAGAGUUACGCAAAAUACACGGGAAAAACUGUGGACACAGUGGGCCACUAGUAGACGCCGAUGCUAGUGGAGAUUUGAUCGUCACGAAGUGCGCAAAUUCUAUGCGACUCUGGCGAAAGCGGGGUGGGUCGCUGCUGCGAGUUGUCGGUGGAUGCCCUGGAAAUCGAGUGGCCUUUUCACCAUCCGGGAGCAUUAUUGUGACGCUGAGUUACAACAGCCUGCUGGGACAUAGAAAAAAUUUGAAGAUUUGGGGCCCAGCGGGGGCCAGUGCUGUAGGAUGCGGAAAUACAAAGAUUACUGCCGGAAAAGUGCCGUAGCAUCUUCUUUAUUUAUCCAUUCACAUCAAGAUGCUGUGGAGGAGAAGCCGCCAUCAAGGAAUAGAAGUGCGCUGAUACACCAUGUGCUGAUAUUACAGUUUAUUUCCGUCAACAGUCUAGAAAACGAAUUGCGAUGAUGUUGUUUUCAUAGAAGAGGGACGCAUCUGUUGGUGUUUCGGUUCUAUCACACAAUAUGCAGCCUAAAUUAUUCUCGGAAGGUCCUAUUAUUCUCGGAAGAUGUUGAGAGAGGGAG